GUAAUUUAUUAGGUUAUGCUUAAUGGCAAAAAGAUUUAUUGGAAUAUGCUUAUGAAAAACACAUGAUCAGGCUUAAAACGUGCUUAUUUGUAAAAAAAUAUUGCACUUGAAUUUUCAAUAUCAGUAAUUACAACUUAAAUCUAACUAUACACUAGUUAAUUCAGACAUAAAGAAUAAAAAGAAAAAACAUAAAAGCUCUACCACAUUUUCUAAGGCUUCGCAUAAUGCUUAGCAUAUGCUUAAAAAAUCUAAGCCUACAGAUGCUUAUAAAUGUCAUGCUUAUAUAAAAAAAACAUCGUAUCUAGGAUACGCCUGCAUGUAACUUUCUUUAUUCACCUAGCAGUAGACUGAAAAAUUAAAUAUGGAAAAGAAGGAGAAUAAAGAAGCGUACAUCAAAACAUUAAAGUUGGCACUGGCAACAUCAAUCAUUCGUUCCAAACCUCCUGAUGUAAGUGCGAAGGAGUAUACACGUCAAUUGGUUUCAGGUUUACGUAAGAAAGAAAUGGCUUGGAAAUCAAAAGUAACAGCUUUAGAAGAAACUUUGAAGCAAAAAGAAAACGAAAUCACAUUGUUGAAACUUAAAAACGAAAGUUGUAAAUUUUUCAACGAAGCAGAAGAAGACAACGAAGGAGAAGAGCCUUCUAACGACUUGCUUAUCACUACAAAUUCGCGUCAGGGUGAAAAAUUCCUACGUGCAGUUGUUUCUUUUAACAAGUGGUACAAGAUAGUGUUGAACGAUGAAACAGCAUUUGAAAAUUUGAAAACCAAUUUUGUAAAAACACUUGAAGAUAUAAAUGUCUGUUUGAACGGCAUGCCGACAAAUCAUCACAACAUAAACAUAUUAGAGAAGAAUUUGCAACCACUUACAGAACUUUUGAAGAAAGAGAAGUUUAGUUCAGACAGUAAAGUGUACACUUGUUGCGUAGAAAUCGUGAAAAAUCUGAUAAGAAUGCUAAUGACGAAUACUCGGUUUGAGAAUUCUUUAUUGGAGCGUCUUGAAAGUUCACUGCAUUCACUUUCACUCAGUUGCGCCACCAUCAGAGAUGUUGUAAUGGAAAGCCUUGUUCUUGUUGUAUCAGAAUAUACGAAAGUAUUACGAGAUUUGCAUGACGUCACCAUGCUUGAUGCUCAAAAAUACGAGAAUAUGUUCUUCGUAUGCCACACCCUGCACGAGGUUGUCAUGACAACAUGUUCAUUAUGGCGAUGUGAAAAACUAGACUCUUACUCAAAAGAACUUGACGAUAACCUUCUUGAGACUGCGGAGAUGUUCCCUAUGUACUGUCACACAGUAUGGACGAUAAGUUCGAUGAUGACAGACAUCUACUGUCAUCAACAGGAAGAUGUCACCCUCCCGUUGUGGAAGAGACAAGUAACAGCCAUCAACACAAGUAACGAUAACUCUUGGAUCAGAUAGAAAAUCCUACAUUUUGUAUUUUAUGAUGUGUCAAAAGGAGAAAAAAUGAGAUCUGGUUUUUAUUUAACUCUUAUGAAGCGAACGGCGUGUGGACGCUACUUUCGUUGUAGCUUUCCAAUCCAUUUUUUUUUUCUCACAUAAAAAAUAACAGCCUUUUUAUUUCAAAGGUUGUAGCUUAGUUGCCACUGCAUGCAGGACACCAUAGGACCUCUACUAUGCCUUACAUCACGGAGAUGACUUGCAAUAAGCUUUGUUUACAUUUUUUCAGCAUAGUCUUUUAACCAAUUAGAUCUUCUAAAAAGAAUUAUUAGCCAAUUGAAUUGCUUUAUUUUGCCUUCCAAAAAAGUAAUAAAAAAAUUGAUCAAGAUAGCAAGUCAUCUAUACGCACAAGCCCUUAACCUCUUAA